AUGGCAACUACCAUCGAGGCCAGUCAUGGCGAGUCUACCGAAGAGACUCCCCGUGGAAGGGCCACGGCCGUCAUGAACAUUCAGCAAGCUGCCAAGGCCACGCAAGUUGAGCAUGAGAUGGGCUUUUUCGAAUCCCUGAAGGUGUACCGUAAGGGCGUUGCCUGGUCGGUCAUGCUCUCAACCGCCAUUAUCAUGGAAGGCUUCGAUCUCAUCCUCCUCAAUGGACUUCUGGCAUUCCCUGCCUUCAAGGAAAAGUUCGGAUCUUUGCAGCCUGACGGAACAUAUGAGUUGUCGGCUACUUGGCAAACGGCUUUGUCCAUGGGUUCACUCGUAGGCCAGAUUGUUGGUCUCUUUCUCAAUGGCUUCAUCGCGGACCGAUUUGGUUAUCGCGUGACGAUGAUGGGAGGACUCACGUUGAUCACCGGGUUCAUCUUCAUACCGUUCUUUUCGCACAACAUCGUCAUGUUUCUGUGCGGUCAGUUUUUGCUAGGCAUUCCGUUCGGCUGUUUCCAAACUCUUGCCUGUACCUAUGCGUCCGAGGUCGUGCCAACGCAAUUGCGUGCCUACCUCACCACGUACGUGAACCUCUGUUGGGUCAUCGGCCAAAUCAUCGCAUCUGGUGUACUACGAGCUCUCGUAGACCGAACGGAUAGCUGGGGAUACCGGAUUCCCGUAGCGGUUCAAUGGUUCUGGCCGAUCCCGCUAUUUAUCGGCUGUCUAUUCGUCCCCGAGUCUCCGUGGUGGCUUGUGCGACAAGGCCGGAUUGAGGAUGCCAAACGAUCUCUUGCUCAGCUCACUAGCGAGUCGGACUCAUCUUUCAAUAUCGAGGAAACAGUAUCCAUGAUGAUUUACACCGACGAGCAUAAUAAGGCCAUUUCUGCUGGCACGUCCUAUAUGGACUGCUUCAAGGGCAUCGACCUUCGGCGCACUGAAAUAGUGUGUGUGUGUUGGGUAGUUCAAGUACUAUCCGGGUCACCUCUGAUGGGUUACUCGAGUUACUUUUACCAACAAGCAGGAUUGGAUGUUAGCAAUGCUUUCACCAUGACCAUCGCCCAGUUUUGUCUUGGCGGCGUUGGUACUAUCUGCUCUUGGUUCCUGAUGAGCCGCGCUGGUCGUCGCAAGAUCUACCUCUGGGGGCAAGUGUGUAUGAUUGUCGCCUUGUUCGCAAUUGGAUUCACCUCCCUAGCAGGUAGGUCCAAUGUCUCUGCUCAGUGGGCCAUUGGAUCGCUGCUUCUUGUUUAUACCUUCAUCUACGACUGUACCGUUGGACCCGUCUGCUACACGCUCGUGGCCGAGCUGCCAUCCACGCGACUACGAACCAAGUCGGUUGUCCUCGCCCGCAACACAUACAACUUGAUUAGCAUUGUGGCCACUAUCAUUACACCUCCGAUGUUGAACCCUACCGCCUGGAACUGGGGCGCCAAGAGCGGGUUCUUCUGGGCUGGGACAUGCGCUCUAUGCCUGAUCUGGACUUUCUUCAGAUUGCCGGAGCCGAAAGGAAGAACUUACGCCGAGAUUGAUGUGCUUUUUGAGAAUAAGGUGCCCGCCAGGCAUUUUUCAUCUGCUACGAUUGACGAGCUGAAGCCAGAGAACUUAGAGAAAAAGGAGAUGAUCAUGGUACAUGUGGAGAAAGUGGAGUCGACGGUUUAG